AUGGGCUCUACCUCAGACACCAGCGCGGCCACUGCUGCUCUGGCGGAACGCACGGCGAAUGAGGCCGCAAUCAAGCGCAACCCGCACCCUGACUUCAAGGCUGUCGAAGCCUCUCGCCCGGCAUGGAACAGGUCAGAGGAGUGGCACUACACGCAGGCGCCGGCGCCCGGCUGGCAAUGGGGCGAGGGCGGCAACGACGGCGGCGCGUCGCUCGCAAAGACGCACGUUGAAAUUGACCCGCACGAGCCCGGCCGCCCGGCCGCGUUCAACUACAAGCUGCUGAUCUCGGCCAUCAUCCCCCGGCCCAUUGGCUUCCUCAGCACACUGGCCGCCGACGGGACCUCCUCCAAUCUUGCACCAUUUUCGUACACCAACAUGGUCAACCACGACCCGCCUAUCUUUACCAUCGGCAUGGUUGGCGGCAUUGCCAAGGCCAAAGACUCUCUGGCCAACAUUGUGAGCAGCAAGGAGUGCGUCCUCAACAUCAUCUCGGAGCAUUUCGUCGAGGCGGCCAACUCCACAUCCGUCAACGCCCCUUACGGCACGUCGGAGUGGGGUCUCAGUGGCCUGUAUCAGGCACCGUCCACGAUGGUCAAGGCGCCGCGCGUCAAGGAGGCCAUUUUCUCGGCCGAGUGCAAGCUCGUGGACCUCAGGGAGUUUGAAAGCAAGGCCAAGCCCGGCAACAUUGCGGGUACGCUUGUCAUCCUCGAGGGUGUCAACUUCUGGGUGCGCGAGGAUGCCAUCAACGAGGAGAGAAACAUCAUUGAUCCCAAGGUCCUGAAACCAGUCAGCCGUCUCGGUGGCAUCACGUACGCCCGCACGACCGAGGGCUUCGAAAUCCCACGCCCUGACUUCUCCGCUGUCACUGAGGCCAAAAACGGCAAAGAGCUGCUCGAAAAGGCGUCGAAACCGUAA